AAUAGAACAAUAACUGAUUAAUUACUUAUUGGCAGUAUUUUUGACAAGAGGCGCUAUAUUCAGUGUGUAAUUAGUCAGUUAAUGAAUUUUAAGUUGAUAUGCCCCCCAAACGGAAUAAAAGCAUUACUCCGUCUGGAGUAACUCCAACUGGGACUGCUGCUGCUAACAAAAGCUGGGAAACGGCUCUUACUGAUGCUGUAUUUGACGAGAAUGACUGGAGGGCCAGUCUGUCUAUGGUGCAGGCAGAGAGAGCCGAGGACGAACAGCUCAUAAACGCCCUCCAGCAGGCCGUCCAACAGCCCCUGCGCAAGCUUUUCAGUGUGCUGUCCUGGGAGGACACUCUGGAAAAGAUCAAUGAACUUGGAAAUCCAAAGACCAGAAAGACUAAAGAUGGUCCCAUGUUUUUUGAGGUGACUGAACUUGCAAAGUCUAUGAUGGAUGUUGGAGAGGAAAUUACUGUGGACCUGAUGGCAAAAUUAAUCAAGUUCCAGCUUCUGACCAUCAAAAACAAUGACUUUGCAAGACAGAAGUGUGUAUUAUUUAAGGCUGUAGAGGAGAAUGCUCAUGUUAAAGCGGGCCUGAAUUCUGCCAGCAAGGAUCAGGGGGGUAAAGGAGCAGCAAAGGGGAAAAAAGCUGCCGAGCCUCCAGUUCCAACUAAAGACACCAAACUCAAACGCAGAGGGGAAGAGGAAAAUACUCUCAAAUACAUAGAUGAUGAGCCUGAUGACGGGCCAGAGCACUACAUCCUGAUAGUGGGAUUCUACCAACCUCAUCUGAUCUCUGCACUGGACUCUCUGGGUAUCCAUGUGUCCAAUGUUAUAAAACUGAACUUAGAGAGAGAAGACCAAUCAGAGGCAACAACGGAAACAGCGGCAGAGGAGAACCAUCACUCACCUGAAGAUCAGGAAGUUGAGAUUCUUAAGCAAAGAAGGCAGCAGGAGCUAGAUGUGUUCUGGGAGCAGUUGGAUCAAGUCUUGAACAGUGGGAAUAUGGGAUCCAGACUCAGUGAUGUGGCCAGGUUGAACUAUAGCGUGAAGAUCCAUUUGCUGCCGCAGGACAAAGACAAUGCUGAAGAAAUGCUGGCGUUUGGAGCUGCUAUAUUUAAAAGUGUGGCGUGUCUGGUGUAUGACAGCCUGGACUGGAGGAGACAGUACAGCCAUUAUCUCAGCUGCAUGAGGUUGAUCCAGGUGCCUUUGUCCUGCAGAUCCAUCCCACAGUCCCGACCGCAGAGCUCCACUGAGGUUGUACAAACUCCAAGGAAGAAAGUAGUGUCAGAGGAAGACCCUGAGCCAGAGUCUCCUGUUCAGAGCACAGAGGUUGAUAUGAGAUACUACUGUGACCUACUGGACAGGAUUCCUACUGAAAUCACAUCUGUAUCUCUUGUAUUACAUUGCAUGCUGGAGCAGGUGGUGGCCUCAGAACAGGAAGUCAAUGCAGGAUCAGUUGAUUCAGAGCAGCACUUUGAUAGAACAGACCAAGAUCUAAUCAGUUAUAUGCUUUCAUCUGUGUUGAGUCUGCCACAGGAUGAAGAAGACAAGAAGGAACUUAUGAAGGAUCUUGGGAUGCAGAAAAGCCCAAUGAAUGCAGAUCAGAAACACCCUCUCUUGCUCAAUCACCAUGAUGAGAGAGCAAGGAGACUCCUUCAGCUUCCUAUCCUGGAUGGUUUUGAUGUUGUCAAAAUUGAAGCGGACAUCAUGAAGCAAAGCCUUGUGUGGACCAACCUGAUGUUCAGACACACUGAGAGCACCACUGUUAGACUGGCCAGAUCACAGGAGCUAAUGCACUUCUGCACUGAUGAGUCACUGAGCUGGUCUGAGCUACAGAGGCUUCUCCAGCUGUUUGUGUUUGAGAGCAUGCUUUUGACUACAGUGGAUGAGAACGGCUGUAUUAAAAGAUCUCAAUGGAACCUUUCAAACCCCACACCAUGGGACAACCCUGUUGAAUUCACCAAACACCUGUAUUGGAGCAACAGCAGGACACCAGGUGUGAAACCAGCACAAGAUCAUUCAUUGCAAAUUCAUUCAAUUUCUAAACAAAUAUUUUUAAAGCAGCGAUCAGCAAAAAACAAAGCUGGGACUGACAAACCAACGGAUAAUGAAGUAACUGUAACAGAUCUCCAGAAGACCUUGAUUCGUCAGCUGGGACACUGGAACUUUGUAGAGAAGCACAGUGCUUCUGUAUUUCCCCAGGUCCUUCAGUCUGCAUCUGAGACUUAUAGAUGUGUGGACACAUUUCACUGUACCAGAGACAAUGCCACAUAUAUCAUCUGCCACAAUCCCAUGAGCCCUCAGAGGAGUUGCAAGGAAUUCUGGGAUACAUCACUUCACACAGAUGUGGGCUUCAGGAAUUAUUUGGAAUAUGUGGCAGACUCAAUCAGUGAAUGGACCAGACAGGAAGAGGAAAAAUGGCAGAUGGAGCAGGAGAAGAAAGAAGCGGAAAGAACUCCCAUCCAAACCCCUUCAGAGGCUGACAGAAAUACAGGCAACAUAUCUAAUUCCCCAAUCUCAGACACAUUAGAACCAUAUAUAAGAGAGGAUUCUCUCAAAGCAUGGAAAAUUGACCAGGAGAGAUUAAGGGAGGAGGAGCAAUCCAAAAAGACAAAGAAAGAAAAAGGAGGAAAAGCAACACCAAAAGUAGAAGAGAGAAUUGACUCAGUAAAGGAGAACAAGAAGACUUCAGUGUCCUCAAGAAAGAGUAGAGACAACAUGUCCAAAACACCCAGCUCGGCUACUAAAGACAAAACUAGAGAUGUUCCAGAGACGCCUCAAGAACCAGCAAAUGAGAGAAAAACAGAUGUAUUCACAGGCUACAGUUUAAAUGGGAAACUGGUGCAGGUCACUGGCAAAGUUCAGUCUCUCUAUCCCUGUGAUGGAGGACAAAUAGAUGUGGAGAGUUUUCACUUCAUACAAGGAAUGACACAAGUGAAGGUUUGUGUGAAGAAGGAUGGCCAUCAGUUCUACACAAACAUUUCAGAGAGAAAAAAAGAGGACAAACUAAAGGAUUUUGACAUGUUCACUAAACAAGCCACUCUUGGAGUCAAACCAGAUUGUGAGAUGGAGAAAUAUGGCUCUUUUUAUGCUGUACUGGCCAAUGGCAUUCGACUCUCCUGCUGUCAGAGCAGCCCGAAUAAAACAAAAAGUCAAGCUCUCCAGCUCACUGUGCCUAGUGCCUUCUGUACAGACCAACAGGAACAGGUACCUGAGGUACAUUGUGAGCCGAUGGACGAUUCCUCUCCUCCACCAUUCCUGAAUCUACAUGUAUCUCUUCCCAAUGGACUUAUCCUGCAUUUUGAUUGUGAGGACUCAGCAGAUGGGGAAUCUUGUGUCCGAUCUCUUCUGAUACGACAGAGAUUUUAUAAUGCUGGAUCUAGUUCAGACCUGACCCCAGACUUCAGCACACACACUGAGGUCUCAAGGGUCAUCACCGGCACAGGGACUGUCAUCAAACACAAGAGAGAUGGAUCUACUGAGGUCCUGUUUGCAGACGGAACCGUCAGUAAGAGUCCAGACUCUGGACCGGUGUGUGUGAUGGUUCUACACAUGCCCUUAAAGAAGGCGGAGCCUAUCAAAGAGCUGACAGUGGACACCAAAGACACUAAAGACAAGAAAGGCAAGGCUGAUUCUAAGGUAAAUAUAGAGGAUGAGCAACACAUCUCUAUAGAAAAUGAAAAACCAAAAAACUCCGUUGAGAUUACUGGAGGCUCUUGGACCACCACCACCCCCUCUGGCCUAAGAGUUGCCACUGUGGCAGGAAAGGAAGUCCAAGUACAGCCGAUACUGGCCUAUCAUGCUACAGAUCCCUUUAGUGGGACAGUUGUGGUCACAAGAGAGGACAAAAUGUUGUCUGUGUUGAAGAAAGAUGGAACCGUGAUAGUAGAUCACGCAGAUGGAACACGUAUUACCACUUUCUACCAGCAGGGGAAGCUACAACAACAACUGCUCCCAGGAGAAAACCUGGUUAGAGUGGAGAAAGCUGAUUUUGCAACGGUAAUAAUGAACUGUGAGGGAAGAACAUGUGAUGUUUUUUUCGGGGAUGGUACUUCAAUCACCGCAACUGCUCAUGGAUCAUAUAAAAUUUCUCCUCGUGAUGGCGGUGUCCUCCAUAUUGAUAAGGAUGGUGGAGCGGUGUACACAUCUCAUCAGUCUAAAGAGGGACCGGAGAAAGACCCACCAGGCCAAUAUGUAAUGAACCACGGAGCAGAUGUCCUCUGUCACGUGACGGACCCCGAGGGGAACUACUUUCAAGUUAAUGCAGAUAGUCAGAUCACUGUCACGACUAACGGAUCAGAAAUGAGAGAGACAGAAACAGAGCUCCAACAGAAUGCUGGCUCUAAAACACACCCACCCAGGUUGUUUGUGGUACACGAGGAUGGUUCAGCUUCAGAACUGCUGAGAGCACAAGAUAUGGAAGAUCUCCUACAGAAGGCUUACUGUGACUCUUCUAUCGCCGUUCUCACUGACCCACUACCAGACUCACAACAAUCAUUUGGCAUCACUCUGCUAAGGCCCUGCCCAGAGAUCAGCACUCAUUGGCUCUCAUCCAACCAAGAUGAUGACAUCAUUCCCACCAACCUCAAAUCCAGGAAAUGGGAGUCAUUCCCUGCAUCUGAAAAGAAGACUCCAGGCCCCCCUUUUGGGACCACUCUUGGUUGUAGUCUCGAAUUAAAGGAGAAACCCUUGAAGUCUUGUUCCAUCCGCAUUCAAACAGUUUUGGAGUGCCCUGACUUGCUGCUGGUGCGUCAGAUUACCCAGCACCCACCUGUCACUGAACCACUGCGCAGGAAACUACAAGACAAAGUCAAGGCAUAUUUGGAGCAGCUGCUACAGAGAGAGAAUGAAUGGGAGAAGAUGCAGUUGAAGGACCUUCGGACAGCAGUGGAAAAGGUUCAUCAGAAUGAUCUACUGCAGCUUGUACUGUCCCUGUCUGAUGCUGUAGAUCCUCCGGUUGAAAUGGAAAUUAAGUCUCUUUCAGCUGAUGUGGCGUCUCUCUAUACACAAGCAGUGCGAGCAGCUCAACACCCCCACAAGCUACAGGAAAAGACAGAACAGAAAGUUUUGUUUGUCAGUAAAAAGAAGCAAAAGUCAGUGUGGGAAAAAAGGCUUAACCAGAACAGGCAAGAACUCCAGGAGCAGAAAAGACACCGAAAUGCACUCAGACACCAUAUUGUUACUCCAUACUUUCACCCUGAGCUGAAGGAGAUUGCACUUUUUACAGAUGAGGCUAGUACCACCAUAUGAAUAUUUAAUCGUAAUCAUUUUGUCUGAUUGUCUUUGUAACUUUUUCUAUCAAAUACUGUUUAUUUAGAGCAGGGAUUCCCAAACUUUCAAGCAGAAAUAAAAUUUGAAAUGUUGCCUUGGCAAUAAAAUGAAAUGUUUAAGUUGAAGCACUAAAAUUAUUAACUGGAAAUAAAUUCAAACUAAAACUGAUACAAGAAUAAAUGAAACCUAACCAAUAAAAUGACAAAAGCACAUAAUGAAAUUACUACAAAUUAAACUAAAAUUAACAUGAAAACUAAAAAUAUAAAAAUAUAAUUCAAAUUAUUAAUAAGAAACUAUAAUAAAAAUUCAAAUAACGCUGCUUGAAGUUCAUCCAGACAUUUUAACUUAUUUCAGUGCAUUUCAUAUUUUUAAGAGAUUUAUUUUGAAUGUUUGUAUUUAAAAGUGAUUUAUUUAAAUUUUUAAGAUUGAAUUAUUAGCUGCCAUUAAAUGGGUGUGCACGGAAAUGCUUAGUAAGCUACAUGUGAUAACGAAUGAUUCAGCAGAAUAACUGCACAUAAAAACUGCACUUGCUGUGCUUUGUAAACAAGUCUGUGUGCUCAUGAAGAAGUGCUAAUUUUAAAAUUGCAAUUAAAACCACAAAUGAUCACCUUU